GUUCUGAUUGUGAUUUUUCUUUUGUUUACCGUCGUAUCAUCUGAACUGUACUCUAGUACUGUAUCAUGGACAGUGACAGUUCAGAUGACCGACUACAAAGGCUACCAAUCAGCGGGCCUUACGUCGGUCUACAUUCCAGCCAAUGCAGCCAGUGCUCUAUUGGACAUCAAAAGCUCCGCCUCCGAUCUCAACUGUCCUCAUAAAACAGUCAAUGUAUAUGUGCGACCGGGGGGAUAUCCUGUGGGAACGCCCUACAAUGAGUCGUUUCCUGGAGACUUCCACCUCAGAAGGAAUUUUGAACACCAUGUUGUUUCAGUGACAAAUAACCAGUCAUCACUUUUAGUGCUGCAAGCUCCCCAGUCUGGACAAUGGUUUAUUGCUUCAUUUUUGCCAAAGAAAUCCAGUGAAAAAAUCACACAGAAGGGAGUGGAUAAGAAGAAAUGCGGGUACGCGCUAGGAGUCCGUGUCAUCACCGCUGUCCAGGAAGACGUACAGGAAGUCCACACCAGGGGGCAGUCCAAUAUCAGGCUGGACGCAAGCGAGGGACUAAAUAAAACCGUAAGAUUCUGGCUUCCGGAUAAUACCUAUGCUUAUACAGCAGUGCUCAGUAACUGCUCUGUGGAGAUGGACAACAAGACAAAAAAUGUUUGCUCUGUACUGGUGGACGCAUCAACUGGUACCCUACCCUCAGUAGACAACUCGACUACAAGCUGUUCAAAUGACAGUGUGUGUGAGGCUGUGAUUCCCUCCCCUUUAAUCACCAGCUGGAACUACCUUAGGUUUAGAUACAAGGGAAAUGGAUCCAUCACCUUCAAACUAAGCUUUAUUCCCAAAUUUUGUCUACAUAAUAACAUCUUCCAAAUUGUGAGUCCCUCUGACCAGACUAAAAGACAGAGUCCGACAGACAGGAUACAGGAUACAGUGGAGCUGGCCGACAACAGUAGUCUUACCGCUAACACCAGUGCCACACCAGCUGUUGUAAACUCGAGUCUGACUCAUGAUAACGUCUGUAUUCUGAUCUCAAGCCUGGGGCGCUUCCAGGUCUCCAAAGAUCUCUUCAAAGCUUACUUCUUCUUUCCAAACAUCUUCAUGAAUCCAAUACCAGCAAAUGAAAUCCUUGUGUCCGAUGAAUCUGUAUUGAUCACAGAUCUUCACCUGGACUCUGACAAAGACAUAGGUGGAACAUUAAAGCUUACUCUCACAAAUUUACUCCUCAAAAAUAAUCCCUCCCAGGAUUCAUUGGUGUGGGCAUGUCUCGUCAAGGGCUACCUCCCUCACCAGGAGACCAUCAGAGAGUGUUCCCAGGGCCUCCCAGUGACCAUCUUCUCCAAUUCCACUGGCCCGAUCACCCGCUACAUCCCCUACCCCGAGGCAGGGACUUGGUACCUGGCCCUCCACAGUCAGUGUUGGAACAGGACCUCCAAUCAGGUGGAGCCCUGUACCUUGUUGCCGGGGGUGAGCCUGGCCCUCAGCCUCACCGGCUGUGUGGACGGUCAGUGUGGGACGUUUGGUGCCUGUGAGGAGUACAUUAGUGGGUCCCACAUCUUCAGUACCUGUCAGUGUUACGCAGGCUGGGCUGGGUACGGAUGCACCGAUGGUAGUAAUGCGGAGAGUAAUGGGACCAUUUUGAUGGGGACACUCCUUCUGUCUCUCAGUAACUUGUUUUUUAUACCCAGCAUCUUCCUCGCUUUCUAUCGUCGCUACUUCCUAGAGGGCCUGGUCUAUUUUUUCACCAUGUUUUUCUCAACAUUUUACCAUGCCUGUGACUCCAGCAAAGGUCUCUACCAGUACUGUAUGAUGAAGUAUGAAGUCCUCAGCUUCUGUGAUUUCCUGGGCUCGUACCUUUCUUUCUGGGUCACGACCCUUGCCAUGGCUCGUCUCCCAGAGAAGGCCCACGGUUUUCUGGUGACCCUGGGGAUGCUGGGGCUGGCGGUGGGGAUGAUGUAUGACAAACACUCCCUCUAUGCGUUCCUGAUUCCUAUAUGUCUGGGGAUCAUCAUAAUGAUGGCUUCCUGGAUUAUGAAGUGUGUAAGGCGGCGACAAUUGUACCCCUCCAAGCGCCGCUACCUCUUCUUCCUGUUGCCGGGUGUUAUAUGUGCGGCGAUUGGUGUAGUCAUCUUUGCCUUCCUGGAGACCGAGGAGAACUACCAGUAUAUACACAGUGUGUGGCACGCCCUGGUGGCGCUCUCCAUCGUCUUCCUGCUCCCACCGCGACAGAGAGCAGACAAAACAGAAGAUCAGGAUACCAUAUCAACACUAACAUCGGAGAGGGAAAUGACUUGUAGUGUGGGGAAUGAUAUUCAGUAGUGUCUGGCCCCAUCCCUGGUGUGACCUUGCAGUAACAUCACUAACAUGGCAUUAUGUACCACUUCAACUAACCUGUCUUGUUGCUUUGUUUCACCCCGAGGAUGUAGAGCAUGCUAAUAGAAGUCUUUCACAGUCUUUUUUUGACAACUUAGUAAAGUAUUUAAAUCAUAUCAUUAUUUGACUACUUUACAUUCAGCAUGGUUUGUUAAUGUAUCACUACUUCUGUUAUUUAAACAAGGCUGAUGUUUUUAACAGCUUAGUUUACUUAAUCAUGAAAUAUCGAAUGCACCUUUUGUAUCAGUGUUGUUAAAAGGCAGAACAGAAAAUGGAAUGGAAACAAAAAAUCUGAUAACAAGUGAUAUGACUUGACAGGGAUUAAGAAUCAAAUAAUGAUGGGUAUUUUAUUAUGAAAUUUUCUCUGAGCUUGAAUACAUCACAGUAAAUGUACAUGCAAUAAUUUAAACAUGUAUACAGACAUGCGCCCUUACUCUGAUUGCUAAAUAUCACAUAUCCAAACUUUUGAAAAAGUAUAAUCUCUGUAGCCACAAAUGGCAAAGUUCUUUCACUUUGUUUUAAAAAUCACUUUGCAUCAGUGAUCUUUGACAGCUGUGAACAAAUUAAAUAAAGUAGGGUACCAGUUUAUAACUUUGGUUUUAUUUGUUUUGUCAAUUAUGUAAUGGUAUUUUGACUUGCCAUUCCAUUUUCUGUUCUGUAUUUUUGAUAGUAACAACUAGGUACAGUUUCAGUCUUAUUUUGCCCUGUUUUAAAGGGAUUUUUACAAAUGUCACAAGCAAUGGAAAUAUAGUAUUUAUUUACACAAGAAUACCUAAAAAAUAAAUAUCUAUAAAUAGUUACCUGAUUAGACAUUCAGAAGAGUAUGUGACGUCAUAGAAAAUGCAUUCCCUGUAAUUUUUCUUUAACUUAGCAACCAUGUCUUUUUUGUAGUAGUUUUUGAAUUGAAAAUUAUGUUCUCAGCUGACACCCAUGAUGAAAUUCAAAUUAUAUCUUUAUCAUAAAAUAUAAUUAUUUUGUUGAGGGUGACAGCUGCAGACCCAUUUUCCUCUCCAAAAAAAGUAUGGGGAAAGUAACAUUUUUCAUCAUUGUUUACUACAGAAAUAUGACAUAUUGUUGAAGUCAACUUUCCCUUUACAAACAGAAUAAAAGUGCAUAACUAGGUACUAUGUACACACAUGUUCAGUGUGGUGUAUGUGUAUCAGUACUUUUACUGAGAUUUCAACAUCUUUUGAAUUUCAAAAAAGAAAGAAACUGUACCUUCUUCUUUGAAACUUUUGCACUAAAACUUGUUUGUUUAAUAUCAUUUGUAGUAAGUUAAUUAUAUGUUUUAUAUCUUUUAAUUUUAAUGGGGAUAUUUUGUUUUAUCUUUGAAAUAUUUUUAGUACACAUCAUAACUUUUUUUUGUAGUACAGUUGCGGUUGAAUAUAUAUAUUUAUGAACAUAUACAAAGGUGCAUUUUUUAAGAAUAAUUGUAUCAGUUUUUAUGGCAUUAAACGGACGUUGCUUUACCCUUUUAUAUGCUUUGUUUGAAGUGUGUUCCAUGGUUGGCGUUUUAUGCAGUAUCUAGCUAGUUUUUGUCUGUCUAGUUUAUAUCACAGGCACCUGAAUUGUUAUCAACUAGUCACCAAAUAAAACUGAAAAUAGAAAAAUACCAAACCCAAUUUACAUGUAUAUAGAAACAUUUUUUUACAUAAUUAUAUGUAUGCCAUAUCUUGUCUUUUGAAUAUAAAGGGAAGGCAUUUUCUGCUGAUAGGCUAUACUUAAUGCAACUUACUUCAGGUGCUUGUGAUGUGAGAGAGAGAAAGAGAGCGAGAGAGAAUAAUGAAAUCCAAUGUUGAUCACUGUACAAGCAGAAGGACAAGAUUUACAACUACUAAGAUGAUUCUUCUCACAAAUAUUAUUAAUUGUGCAAUAUUUAAGUUAGCCAAUUUUAAAAACUGCAAUAAAAGAAUUAACAUGGA